CCGAGAAGGUGACUUCCCUGGGGAAGGACUGGCACCGGCCCUGCCUGCGCUGCGAGAAAUGCAACAAGACGCUGACGGUGCGACAGCCAGCGCUCCUGGCGCAGCCCGACGACGGCGUGAACCCACCGCAGCGGGCAGGCGUUUUAAUUCACCCCGUAGCAGACUAG